AUGAUUCGAUUUAACAUCACAAUUCUUACCCUAGUCUGGGCGUUACUCCAGCCCCACAUUGGUUCAUGGACAGGUCUAACGGUCCCCGGGGCACACGCUUGGCCGACGCCGAAGAACUGGCUCCCGCACUUCAAGAGCCAACGGCCUCAUCAUGACUUCGCCAAGCGGAACUUCAACACCAUCUCCAGCAUCUACAACCUCACGGUCUACCCUAACCAACUUCCGAUCUUCCAGUACGGCGGUGCCGGUGUCCCCGACGGUCUCUUCAGCCACAAAGUCGUAGGCCGGGUCGAUCCUGUUGGCAACUUCACCGAUUUUGAGGGCUCGAUCGAGUAUUUCUUCGCCCUCGCCCCGCUUCCCCAGGGCAACGCAGCGAAGGCCGCCAUCACGAGCUACCAGAUCACCGAGUUCAGCUCGCAGUGCCCAGGUGUCGCUGCGUCUGUGGUCUACCUGCACUGCAGCGUGGUAAACCCGGGCGCUCCCGAUCACGGCAAGCCGCUACCGCCGCUGAAGCAGGUCGCCUUCUGGAAAUUCGACCACAAGGGUGCGGUGCUCAAAUACGACGCAUGGAUCCCGAACCUCAACAGCUGGGUGAAGUCCACCACGGGUCUAAAUGCCGACAACGCGCAAUUCCGUGCCGCCAGCAUCGAGCAGAUCUGUGGGGCAACCCAGUUGCGCUGCCAGGGCAACAACACGCAAUGGAACAGUACUGAGGAAUGCGUGGCGACGCUCUCGCAGAAGGACUACGGGUCGUACGACGAGGCGUGGGGGGACAAUAUUGUCUGCCGGAGUAUCCACGUGGUGCUGACCCAAGUUCGGCCCGAUGACCAUUGCCCUCAUGUUGGCCCAACAGGCGGCGGGAAAUGUGUCAAUAUUGACUACCCGACCAACUAUUUUUCCGACAAGCAGCUAUACCAGCAGCCCACCGGACACACAUUUAUGUGCGAUGACCACGACCACUGA